AUUCGGAGCAGAAGGUUUCUCAAAUGCAGCCGAUAUGGAUUCCCACGUUGGUCUCGACUAUAUCGUGGAUAAUCCCGAUUACUGCGUCAAGCUCGCCACGGCCUUGGACACAGCGUGUCCCUCGGUUAAGAAGCAAGUGGUAGAAUUGCUUUCGGCGCUGUGUGUUUACAGCCAGGAUGGAAGACAGAGAGCUAUCGAUACUCUUCACGCGUAUCAGAAAAGGAAAAAUGAACGAUAUCGAUUACGAAUCGUGGUGGAAGAGUUGCAGAACGCCACUGCCGAAGAUUAUCGGACCGCACUAUUGGCAUUCAUAAACUGUUUAGUCAUCUCUACGCCAGUGCUGAAGGAUCGCAUAAGAAUUCGCAACGAGUUCAUCGGUUUGAAGCUCCUUCCGAUUUUGAACGAGCUGCGGAAAAGCCACGCACCGGAUCUGAGAGUGCAACUCGAUGUUUUCGACGACCAACGAGAAACCGACGAGGAAUUAUCGAAUCACGGACCACCUGGAAUCGAUCUUUCUUCCCAUGUGGAUGUCUUUUACGCGAUCUUUGGACAAAUCGCUGAUACACCGCAAGAAAUACCAUUCUUGAGUAUUCUCCAGCAUCUGUUACGGCUGGAUCCGAAAGAUGCUGCUAGCGAUCUAGCAUGGGAUACGGCAGAGACGUUGGUUCAUAGAGCCACGCUGUUGGAGAAUCGAGAAGACGCUACCAAAUUGUUGCGCUCACCUAGUCUUCAGACGAAUCUCUGUUGUCACUGUCGAGGUACCGACCAGACGUGCGGAGCCUCCCGAAAAGCGUCGUUAUCGGUGAACAAUUCAACGACGCCUCUGCCACCUUUACCGCCUCCUCCUCCACCUCCUGUACCCGUUGAUCCGUCAGGUACAAGCUCGCCGACACAAAAUCGCGUUUUACCACCACCUCCGCCUCCACCGCUUCUUACCGGCAACGUUACGUACGCCGAUGCAUCGAUGGAUCCACCGCCAAUGCCGCCGCCGUUGCACGCAUUACCGGUCACACGAGUACCCACCCCCGAGCCGCAGAAUAAUCACGCGAGACUACUGCCACAACAGGAAAUACCCACCCCCAAGGCAAAAAUGAAAACCAUCAAUUGGAACAAGAUACCAAAUCACAAGGUGAUUGGGAAGCGCAACAUUUGGUCUCUGGUUGCCGAUGAGCAUCAGAAUUCCCCCAUGGCGGAUAUAGAUUGGGCAGAGAUGGAAGGGCUGUUUUGUCAACAAGUGCCGCCGGUAUUACCAGCAGCCUCGUGCUCCUCCUACGGGGCAAACUCCGAUGCCGAGAGACGACGUAGGGAACCGACCGAGAUCGCGCUUCUCGAUGGCAAGAGGAGUUUGAACGUUAAUAUAUUUCUAAAACAGUUUCGAAGUUCGAACGAAGAUAUUAUUCGGCUUAUAAAGGACGGCAGUCACGACGAGAUCGGGGCGGAGAAGUUGCGCGGCCUUCUAAAAAUUUUACCGGAGGUCGACGAACUGGAAAUGCUCAAGAGCUUCGACGGGGACAAGUCGAAGCUCGGAAAUGCCGAGAAAUUCUUUCUGCAACUGAUUCAAGUACCAAAUUACAAACUACGCAUAGAAUGCAUGCUGCUGAAGGAAGAAUUCGCCGCUAAUAUGAGCUAUUUAGAACCAAGCAUCAAUUCGAUGAUCCUAGCUGGUGAAGACUUAAUGACGAACAAGCCACUUCAAGAGGUGUUGUACAUGGUUCUGGUGGCCGGAAACUUCCUCAAUUCGGGUGGUUACGCUGGGAACGCCGCCGGAGUAAAGUUAUCCUCUUUGCAAAAAAUAACUGAAAUUCGGGCGAAUAAACCAGGAAUGAACCUUAUACAUUACGUAGCUCUGCAAGCCGAAAGGAAGAGGAAGGAUUUGCUGGAUUUCGCAAAGGGUAUGACCACUCUGGAAGCCGCUACGAAGACCACAACGGAGCAAUUAAACAACGAAUUUAACGCACUCGACACAAAGAUCAAAAAGAUCAAGGCACAGAUUAAUUUUCCUUCGACGGAAACCGACAUACAGGAACAGAUGGCACAAUUUUUGCAGAUAGCGGAACGAGAAAUGAGUCAAUUGAAACGAGACAUGGAAGAACUCGAAACGUUAAGGCGAUCGCUCGCCGAAUUUUUCUGCGAAGACAGCAACACUUUCAAGAUCGAGGAAUGCCUCAAGAUAUUCCAUCAAUUUUGCCAAAAGUUUAAUCAGGCUGUCGCAGAAAACGAGAGACGUAGAAUUCAAGAGGAACAGAUAUUGGCAAGGCGCAAACAACGAGAAGAACAACUUUUGGCUAGAAAACGAUUACUGACCAAUAACCAACAACAAAUCGAGGCGCCAACCUCUGAAUCUGAAUGCAAUUUAAUUGGUUACGAUCCUUUCGAUCUUGCUAGCGGUUUACCUCAAAGGAAUUACGGUCGUCCCGACGUUAAGAUCAAAAGACUGCAAAACGGAGCUGUCACUUCCGACGAAGAUGUCUCGAUAACCGGGUCGCCUAAUAUUCGACGACGUUUAGGUUCUUGUUCCGGCGGAAUCGUCGACCAGCAAUCUACCAAAGAAGAAACUUACUCGCCAGAUGUUACCCCGAACGGUACCCUUCGUCGUCGAAGAAGUCGAAUACCCUGCGAGGAUGACGACGGUAAUUUAAUGGACUUCUUAAGGACGUCGGGUCAAGACGGCACUCGUGAGAGAAAAUCGUGGGGUAGCUUAGAUCGGUCGUGGGCAAGAAGAGCACGCGGCCAGUCUCGCAGAAGCGAUCUAUUAAACGCAGAUUUCUCGAUCGAUCGCGAAAGGCCAAGUUCUCCGUCACCUUUACUCGAGAGCAAACCUUUCUUGCAAGAGGAAGAAACGAAACCGGCAGGGAAAGCAUGGCGGCAGAAGAUCGAGGCAUGGUUAUCGGAGAACGAGAAGGAAGACCGUGCAGGCGAAGAGCUGCAGAAAAAAGCAAGACAGUUGCACCAUGCGAAUCGACGCUCCUACGAAGACUCUGAGAGCGAAGGCAAGACGAAUAUUCAAAUCGAAGCUGGUUCCACCCACGAUACGUACUCGGAAGUUUACGACUGGCGUCCGUCCGUUGAGAAGACAGAUGUGAUGCGCACGAUGGAAGCUAUCGAAGAAGCCGAGACGCAUCCAUCGCAGAAGGAUAAGUCUCCUUGGCGAAAGUCGAGCCUAAACGUACCAAAUAGUAUGGAAGAGACUGACCCGCGUUAUUCUCGCAGGCUAAGAUCACGACUGAGCGCGGAAAACGUGUUAACAUCCAGCACUUUGCAGUCGAUCAAAGAGGAGGAGAGGAAGAAGAAUAAGACCACCGACGUCGUGAAUUCAAACCCUCAAGACGAGUUAACGAUUUAUCUAAGACAACCUUACGGCGAUUCUCAAACCGCUGGAUCACGGAGAUUUUCGAAACUGAAGAAAGGCGCUGACGAAGAGAAGAUCACCGAUAAGAUCGAGAUCGAUUCUGAUAAUAUAGAAACACCUCCAGCAACUAGAAAGUUAUUCAGCCCACCGAAAGAGGUGAAGCCAGUUGAGAAAGAACCGUGUAAAAGAGAACGUUGCAGCAGCUCUUUUCAAAGCAGAGACUUUAAGAAUCCAAUGUCGAAAAAUGUAAAUAACACAGACUUCGGAAUAGGCAAUUUUGAUCGUUACUCGGCGGCAAGGAGAACACGAAGAUACAAAAAAAAUCAAGACUCGUCAGAGAAAGACUCGAAACAAGAGUCGAUGGUCGAUGCCGAGUCAUUGGAAGCGAAACCAGCUGACCGUCCGCACUCUUUGCCACUGUCGGAAGAAGAAGGACACGGCGAGGAUUCUGUGCCAUCCGUUUGGCAAGAGAAAUCGAAACGGCAGGCGGAAUCCUCGAGUUCGUUCGAUAUCGACACUGCAUUGGCAGAGAUCGCUCGUUCCGGUGAAGAUCUUCAACGAUUGUCGCGACCAUUGGUGCACCGAACCUCGAGGCUGCCGGUCAGUCAACCGUCAGCCGUCGUCGCCGUAACCAACACCGUUCUAAGUCCGGUGAUGCAAGAAUCUCGACCUCGAGAAUCCUCGUUGACCGUUCUCGCGGAAAGAGCUGUAACUAGCCGCGAACGACAGAGGACCAUGAUCGAUCCUAGUCAGGUAAAAGAGGCGAUCAGACUGACCAACAAUCCGCCGAGUCAGGUGAACGAAUGUCAAAACGUCUCAACGUGUCGAUCACGAAAGCAAUCUCGAUCUUUUGGUAAAAACGAAUCCACCAACGAUGAAAUCGAUCUAGCCAUUACCGAUUCAAAUCGUUGCCAAGAAAACGCAGAUCCCGACGUCGAGAUUUACCACGACAAACGAGCCGAAUCGACGCUGCGAAACCAAAGCAAGGUACAAUCCGUACGAUCCAACACGGAGGGUUCGGUCUUUCAUCCUAGAUUCGUGCCACCUGAUAUAAAUGUCACCACUUCUACUCCCUCCUCUUUUUCUUUGUUGCCCGCUUCCGGGAAAGCUCGAGAUCAAGAGAUGAACGACGAAGGUUUCGAGGAAACGCAGAGUCUAGUUUCCGAAACCCUCAGUCAAGAAACGUCCUCCGGAAAUUACGAGACGGAUACCCACGAUUCGACGCGAUGCUCUCCAGCCGAAUUACGCUAUUCUGGAACCGAUAAUCAUCCUCCCGUUCACACCACCAUCGACCACAUCCAGGUAACCGAACAUGAUCCGAGCAAAUCGAUCGGAGAUGCGACGUUAAAAACAAUGUCGUCGCCGUCACCGCCGAUCUCGAAAGGGUUCGAGAAACGAGCGGGCUCGAUGAAACACACCAGCGAGAAGUCUAGCUUCCUUCCUAAACGAACAAACGCCUUAAAGCGGGACGUUUCAGUGAGAAAAGCGGCGGAGUCGAUGCAACGAAAUUCAAAUCUGACGUUCCAAUCGAACAACGGUCAGACGAGGAACGAGGUAGAACGUUCGGGAUCGAGAAGCAGUCUUCGUAGUUCGCGAAGUUCCUUAAAUAGCGCCACGUCGGUGAACACCGUACGAAAUUUAGUUCCGAAUCACGCGCCUCUUCGUACUUACACGUCAGCGAUUUGCGCGUUAACCAACGAUUUGCGAAAAAGUCCGUCACAUAGUCCGUUGCCGCCGAAGAGCAACGAAAAACGUCGAACGAAUCCACGCGCGACGGUCACUAGAAUACCAGCGAGCAGAAGCAGUAGCAGCGGAAGCAGCGUGGGCCCAACCGCGAGAACCGCUCGCAAAUCUCUCGGGUCAACCACCGAUGUGCAAAAAGCAAACAAAGGACGAGCGCUUUUCUCGCGUAGUAGCAGCAGCGGAAGCGGCAGUAGCAUGCGUCCACAGUCUUUGCCAUUAAAUCGUGUAAACGUCGAAAAGGUGCCAUCGUCCAUCGCUAAAAGUAAGUUGAUUCACCCAAGAACCGGAACCAGAAACCACAGUUUUAUGAGACCGACAGCCGCAAGUGUGAACAAAGGUUCCAUUCCGAAUCUACCCAGAAGCAUCAAAGGUUUGGUCAAGUAAUAAUUCUGUAGAAAAGGAAAAAGAUUCGCUCAAUACCGAUUAACACGCAUCGAUAGCCGUUGGCGAUGCCCUACAUAUGCUUUCUUGGAACACAAACAUUAUCUUUAAACACUCGUCAGAGUUUCCUCGUGGAGUUUAAAUCGUUCGCUUUGACAUAGAACAUCGAAGUCAUGUCGAGAUCGUUCGUGGAUGACGACAUAGUCACCUUAAAUUCAUUAUAUAUCAGUUCAUUCAGAAGCAUAUACAUAUAUCGAAGACAAUGGCACUCGUUUGAAAGAUAUUAGAUUACAGUAUGAAAUUACAAUGUUUCAAUGUGAAAGAUUGGAAGAUCGUGGAAAGUUAAACGAUGACCUAAUAUUUAUGGUAUCCCUUCGGGUAUUAAAUAAAAUACAAUUGCUGCGAUGUGAAAAAUUCAGAGGUACGAGGACUAUUGUAAAAUACCCUGUACGUAUGUCGCCAACCGUUAUGUAAAAAUUUCCGGAGAUACAAUAUGCAUAUAUGACAUUACGCUUUACAGAAACUUACUAAAACAUCGCGAAAACAGUGUUUGCUGAAUUAUAUAAGUUAUUCGCAUCGCGUGAAAUGCAAUUAUCUUAAUCUGGAUUUGAACAGUUAAGUUCCGAGUAAGUUAACGAGAUAAUGCAAAAAAUAACUUAUAUGUACGCGAGUUUGUAGCCAUCGUAUACACUAGCUAAUGUAUCGAAUAAUUACUUUCAGUCUUUUCGAAUUCAAUUACAUACACGCAUGUAUCAUAGGAAAUCACUAAUAAUCGAUUAACUCGCACAGUACACACGCGAGUGUCGUUGAUAACAAAAAAGAAAUAAAUAUGUAUUAUGUAA